AUGGAUGAUCGUGAAAAUGGAAGGCACAAAGCAGAUCAAUAUAAAUCUGCUCAGGGACAGUGGUUGAUGCAACAACAUCAGCACCAGCAUCCUUCCAUGAAGCAGAUUAUGGCAAUCAUGGCUGAACGAGAUGCUGCCAUUCAAGAAAGAAAUCUGGCCCUUUCUGAGAAAAAGGCAGCACUUGCAGAACGUGACAUAGCAUUCCUGCAGCGGGAUAAUGCAAUUGCGGAACGAAAUAAUGCACUUAUGGAAAGAGAUAAUGCAAUAGCAACACUUCAGUUUCGAGAAAACACUUUGGCUAAUGGCGUAAACCAUUUACCUAAUAUGGGGGAUUCUUCUUACGGCACGCGUGAAUUGCCCACAACCAAUGCCCUCCCAGAAUCACCCAUUCCUUCAGAGGUUGGGAAACCACCUAGGCGGGCCAAACGACCAAAGGAAAGCAAGUCUGUUUCACCCAACAAGAAGACUCCAAAAACUUCUAGAAAGGUCAAAAAGGAGGGUGAAGAUUUAAACAAGACAAUGUUUGCCAAUGACAAAGCACUUGAAUGGAAGAAUAGUCAGGAAAUUAUAAACGAAAGUGAUGAUCUUAACAAGCAGUUAGUGGUCUCAAAGGCUGAUUGGAAACCCCAGGACUUGGCACUAAAUCAAGUUGCAUACGAUGAUUCAACCAUGCCAGCACCAGUGUGCUCUUGUACCGGCGUUCUGAGACAGUGCUACAAAUGGGGUAAUGGAGGUUGGCAAUCUGCUUGUUGUACAACCACUUUAUCGGUGUAUCCACUUCCAGCAGUGCCCAACAAAAGGCAUGCACGAGUAGGCGGUAGGAAAAUGAGUGGAAGUGCUUUUAAUAAAUUGCUUAGCCGGCUUGCAGCUGAAGGACAUGAUCUCUCACACCCAGUUGACCUUAAAGACCACUGGGCCAAACAUGGUACUAAUCGAUAUAUCACAAUAAAGUAG